AUGGAAGGCAACGGGGACGCAGACCGAGACCGAGGCUCGGGUAGCGUGGAGCACAGCGCGGCGGAGGGGGACGGAGACAGGGGCAGCCUGGUGCGGUGCGCGUCUCAGUCGUCGCUGGACGAGUGUUCCCAACGUCGCGGCGCGGGCGAGGCGGGCGAGGCUGGUGCGGGCGCCGUGCACGCCUCCUCCUUACUGCACUCACUGGCGCGCCUCAGGAGGGACGACGUGCUGUGCGACGUGCGGCUCGUGGCCCAGGCGCCGGGCGAGGCCCCGCAGUCCGCGGAGCCAGGCGAGGCGGUCGGCGUGUGCGCUCACCGGGCCGUGCUGGCCGCCUGCUCACCGUACUUCCGCGCCAUGUUCACUCAGUUCGAUGAGCGGACGCAGGCCGUCAUCACCAUACAGGACGUGGAGCCGUCAGCGCUGGCGUCCAUCGUGGAGUACGUGUACUGCCCGGAGUCCUUGGUGAUGUCGGAGGAGUCGGUCCAGUCGCUGCUGUCGGCCGCGUCGCUGCUGCAGGUCCGCGGGGUGCGCGCCGCCGCCUGCUCCUUCCUGGCCGCCGCGCUGGCUCCGGACAACGCGCUCGGCAUCAGAGCCUUCGCUGAGCUGCACGCGUGCGCCGACCUGGCGGACGUGGCCGACCGGUUCGUGAAGAGACACUUCGCGGAGGUGCUGGAGUCCGAGGAGUUCCUGGCGCUGGAGUGUGACGUGCUGGCCGCGCUGCUGGACUCGGACCGGAUCACGGUGCCCGACGAGGAGCUGCUGCUGGACGCGGUCAUACGGUGGAUGCAGCACGACCCGGAGAACCGCCGCAGUCGCCUGGGCGCCCUCCUGGAGCACGUCCGUCUGCCGCUCCUCCCGCAGGACGUGUUGGUGGCGCGCGCGGCCGCCGAGCCCCUCGCCUCCGCCGAGCUGAGAGUCAAGGACCUGGUCAUCGAGGCGCUGUCGUUCCAUCUCCUCCGUCCGGAGCGUCGCGCCGCCGCCGCCGCUGCGAGCGCCCGGGCCCGGCCCCGGCAGCCUCCUCGCUCACCGAAAGUCCUGCUUGUGGUGGGCGGGCAGGCUCCCAAGGCCAUCCGGGACGUGGAGGCCUUCCACAUGGAGAGCGGCCGGUGGCGCGCCGCGGCUGAGCUGCCCACCCGCCGCUGCCGUGCCGGCCUCGCCGCAGUGGGCGCGCGGUUGUACGCCAUAGGGGGCUUCAACGGGACCCUGCGCGUCCGCAGCGUGGACGUGUACGACGUGGGCGCCGACGCGUGGUCGCCUGGGCCGCCGCUGUGCGCCCGGCGCUCCACGCUGGGAGUCGCCGUGGUGGGGAACGUGAUCUACGCCGUGGGAGGCUUCGACGGAGCGACCGGGCUGAGCUCGGCGGAGGCGCUGGACGUCCGCGAGGGCGUGUGGCGCUCCAUAGCCAGCAUGAGCACGCGGCGCUCCAGCGUGGGCGUGGCGGCGCUCGACGGGAAGCUGUACGCGGUGGGGGGGUACGACGGAGCGUCCCGCCAGUGUCUGCACACCGUGGAGCGGUACGACCCCGCCGCGGACGCCUGGGAGCCCGUGGCCGAGAUGGCGGCGCGACGCUCCGGCGCCGGCGUGGGCGUGGCGGGCGGCGCGCUGUACGCGCUCGGCGGACACGACGGGCCCGCCGUGCGCCGCUCCGUGGAGCGCUACCGGGAGCGCGACGGCUGGGCCCCGGCGCCGCCCAUGACGCACGCGCGACGGAACGCCGGCGUGGCCUCGCACCACGGCCGCCUGUACGUGGCGGGCGGGGACGACGGCGCCGCCAACUUGGCCACGGUGGAGGUGUGUGUCGCAGGUGUUCGACCCGUCCACGGAGCAGUGGUCCAUGCUGAGCUCGUCCAUGUCGGUGGGCCGCUCGUACGCGGGCGUGGCGGUGGUGGAGCGCGCCGCCUGACGACACGCCCGCCGCGCGCCCGACCCGCGCCCCGGACACGACACGGACACGGACCCGGAGACCGAGGACCGCGCGCACACGCACGACGCGGAGGCCAGAGAGGAGGAGGGAGGGAGAGGGAGGAGGAGGGAGGGAGAGGGAGGAGGAGGGAGGCGGGGGAGUGUAGCGGCGACUGGUUACAGGUGGAGGAGAACGUGUACGAGAGUGUGGCGGCGGGGGAGAGGGGCCGAGCGAGGGGAGCCUUCGGCCCACUCGGCGCGUACUGGUGGAUGAGGGUGGCGCCGCCCUGCAGGAGGCACCGGCGCGUGUCGCAGACCGUGGAGUUCCACGAGCGGCCCCCCGCGCCCGCGGCCGGCGGCGUGCAGGACACGGUCCCGCGGGCGCGGCGCCUGGUGCGGGGCGUGUGCGGGCUGCGGCUCCAGCGGGCGCCGGGCCGGGGCGCGCGCCUGUCCGCCUCGUGCGGGACCAUCGGCGCCCUGUCCGCGCCGGACGCCCCUCCCCCCUGCAUGCUGCUCCUCCCUCCCCCGCGGGAGAGGCCGGACCCGGAGGAGGACGAGCCCGCUCCUCAUCACUCCUCCGACUCCGAGCCCGAGGCGCGCCGCUGA